AUGCGCUCUUCAUCAAAUUUUAUUACUUCCUGUUGAUGUUCACCGGUUCCACAUCAUCACUGAAUUCUCAUUUUAUUUGAUCAAAAUGCACAUCAUGAGGAAAGACAAGAAGGAGGAGGAAGAAGGAGGAGGAAAUCCAUUCCACAAUUUGGAGAAGACGGCAGUUCUUCAGGAGGCCAGGACAUUUAAUGAGACCCCAAUCAAUGCAAGAAAGUGCAGCCAUAUUCUGACUAAAGUUCUCUACUUGAUCAAUCAGGGAGAGCAGAUUGGAUCAACUGAAGCUACAGAGACAUUCUUUGCCAUGACAAAGCUUUUUCAGGCCAAGGAUCCCAUUUUGCGAAGGCUGAUGUACCUUGGAAUAAAAGAAAUGUCCAAGAUUGCUCAAGAUGUCAUCAUUGUUACUAGCAGUUUGAUGAAGGACAUGACAGGAAAAGAUGACCAGUUUAGGGGACCAGCUAUCAGAGCUCUGUGUUCCAUCACUGAUAACACUAUGCUACAGAGUAUUGAGAGAUAUAUGAAGCAGGCCAUUGUGGACAAAAACCACGCUGUAUCCAGUGCAGCUCUCGUAUCCUCCCUGCAUCUGAGUAAGGGAAGCUCUGAGGUGGUCAAGCGCUGGGUGAAUGAGGCACAGGAGGCCGUGUCCAGUGAUAACAUAAUGAAUCAGUACCAUGCUUUGGGUCUUCUUUACCACAUCAGGAAGUAUGAUCGUCUGGCUGUCACCAAGUUAGUCAGCAAGUUCAGCAAGCACUCUCUCAAGUCCCCGUACGCCUACUGUCUGCUGAUUCGUAUUGCCAGUAAACUAAUGGAAGAGGAGGGAGCAGGGACAGAGAGUCCUAUGUUUGACUUCAUUGAGAACUGUCUUCGACACAAGAGCGAGAUUGUCAUCUAUGAAGCUGCUCAUGCUAUUGUGAAUUUGAAGAACACCACAGCUAAGGAGCUGGCCUCCGCUAUCCCAGUUCUUCAGUUGUUUUGUAGCUCACCAAAGCCUACACUGAGGUUUGCCGCCAUCAGAACUCUUAACAAGGUUGCAAUGAAGCACCCAGCUGCAGUGACGGCCUGUAAUAUGGAACUAGAAAAUCUUAUCACAGACUCUAACAGAAGCAUCGCGACACUGGCCAUCACAACACUGCUCAAGACUGGUAAUGAGAGCAGCGUGGACAGAUUGAUGAAGCAGAUUUCCAGUUUCAUGAAUGAAAUCUCAGAUGAAUUCAAGAUAGUUGUUGUACAGGCUAUUCAAUCACUAUGUUUAAAGUUCCCCAGAAAGCAUAAUGUGUUGAUGAACUUUCUGUCUUCUAUGCUGAGAGAUGAGGGAGGAUUUGAAUACAAGAAAGCCAUCUGUGACAGCAUCAUCACAAUCAUUGAGGAAAAUGCUGAUGCCAAAGAAGCAGGUUUGGCCCACUUGUGUGAGUUCAUUGAGGAUUGUGAACACACCGUCCUGGCCACCCGAAUCUUACACCUACUGGGGAGGGAGGGACCCAGAACCCCCACCCCCUCCAAGUACAUCCGCUUUAUCUACAACAGGGUCAUCCUGGAGCACGCCCCAGUCAGAGCAGCUGCAGUAUCAGCUCUGGCUAAGUUUGGAGCUCACUGUGAGGAAUUAUUGCCCAGCUGUAUCGUACUUUUAGAGAGGUGCCUGUUGGACACGGACGAUGAAGUCCGAGACAGAGCCACUUUCUAUGUUCAUGUCCUCCAUCAAAAACAGAAGGCUCUCAACUCCGCCUACAUACUCAAUGGUUUACAGGUGUCUGUAGUUGGACUAGAGAGAGCCCUCCACCACUACACAUUGGAGCCCUCAGAACAACCGUUUGACAUGAAGUCUGUACCACUGGAGACCACACCCAUCACGGAACAGAAGGCUGUGAGGGAACCAGGUGAAUCUGCGGCACCUAAAGCAGAAAAGGUGGCAGCUUCCAGACAAGAUGUAUACGCUGAGCAACUGAGAGCCAUACCAGAGUUUGCUAAUCUGGGGAACUUGUUCAAGUCGUCGUCUCUGCCUGUGGAGCUCACUGAGUCAGAAACAGAGUAUGUGGUGCAGUGCAUCAAACAUACCUUUGGACGAUACAUUGUAUUCCAGUUUGACUGUACUAACACUCUGAAUGACCAAGUCCUGGAGCGUGUGACUGUCCAGAUGGAGCCAGCAGAGGGAUUUGAGGUUCUGAAGAUGAUACCCUGCCCCUCCCUGCCGUACAAUAAACCAGGCACCACCUAUACCAUGGUCCGACUACCUGAGGAUGCCCA